CGUACUCUGCAUUUACAGUAUUAAUUUCGUUCGUUUGGUAUUGUUGUUUGACGAAUAACCAAGAGUUUUUGAAAUUAAAUAAUUAUAAAUAUGGAAGCUGCCGCAGAAGAGAUAGUAAAAGAUAGCACUGAUAUUGAACAACAAGAAAAAAAUGGCGAAGAAAAGGCUCCUACACCAUCCAUUCCUUCCAUCCAAGACCCACCAAAGAAGUCAAAGAAGGAAGACCGCAACAAAAAGGAUGAUAAAAAUGUGGAACAGUUCAUGAAAUCACUGAACUCUGUGCCAAGUCUGGAGGAAAAACUGUCUCUGGUCUGCAAGAAAUAUGUGCAGACUGCUGAUGAUAAUAAGAAACUGCAGUUUUAUAUCAAGCAGUCUGAUAAGCGGUAUGCUAUCUUGUUGAAAGAAAAAGAGCAAUUGCAACAUGAAUUCAACAAGACUAUCCUCGUCAAGUCCAAGUUGGAGAGCCUCUGUCGUGAGCUGCAGAAACAGAACAAGGCCAUCAAGGAAGAGUCCCUGCUAAAGAUCCGUGAAGAGGAGGAACGUCGGAAGGAGACUCAAGCCAAGUUCCAGAACACGCUGACCGAGAUCACCACUCUCCUGCAGCAGAAUAAUGAGAAGAACGCCAAGUUGAGAGACGACAACAUCAGCAUGAGCGAGAAAUUCAAGAGUGUGGUGCAGCAGUACCAGCUGAGGGAACAGCAGGUGGAAAAAAUGGGGAAGCAAAUGGCGCUAGAGUCCCAGCUGUCCGACGCUAAACUUCAGAAAGCAGCCUUAGAGCACCAGGCAGAGAAAGAGAGGCUGCUAGCAGAGAUGGAACACCUGAAGGUCACGGUGGCUCAGUGCACGGCCAAGAUUAUGGAACUGCAGGGGACGGAGACUGCUUUGAGGGGUCAACUUGGCGUGUACACGGACAAGUACGACGAGUUCCAGAAUGCCCUAGUGAAAAGCAACCAGGUGUUCGGAGGGUUCAAGGAACAGAUGGAGAAGAUGUCAAAGAAAAUCAAGAAGCUAGAGAAGGAAUCCCUGUCAUGGAAAAAACGCUGGGAGACAUCACAAACAGCACUGUUGGACAUGUGCGGCGAGCGGCAGGCGAGCGAGGAGCGCGCCGCGGCCGCCAGUCGGCAGCUGCAGCACAUGCAGAGCCUGUGUCGCACGCUGCAGGCGGAGCGCACGACGCUGCUGGGCUCGCUGAAGGAGCACAACAUCGAGCGGCCGCCGCUGCCCACGCCGCCACCCGCGCCGCCCGCGCCGCAGCCGGCGCCAGCGCCCAGCAAGCAGAGCAACGACAAGGUCGACAAAAUGGCGGCAAAUUGUGCACAACUUCGCCAGAGCCUCGUGCAUCUCCAGAGCCAAUUGAACACCCUCACAAACAACAAGAACGGCGUCAAGGAAGACGCGCCCAAAGCAGACAAACCCAAGAAACAGAAAUCUAAAAAGAAAGCGGAAAAACAGUCACAGGAGGCGACAAAUUCUAUAGAAGUCACUGAAGAACCAGUUAGAGAUGAUAAUAAAGAAACAUCAGAAGAACCCACGACCAAUGAAGAUUCAAUCCAAAACGACAUAGAUAGCUUAGAAGAAAAAAUAGACGAGAAAGCCAUGGAAACUCUAAUCCAAGCUAUAAGCAAUGCUAACAUAAAUCUACACGAUUUAUCAGUAGAUGAAAAUAACGAGCAAGUGGACAUUGAAAAGGUAAUAGAUGGUUCACACAAUGAAAUCGCCAACACAUCGAAUGAUGAGGUGUCACAUAUAACCGAAGUGAAACCUAUAUCGAGUGCGUAAUCCAAACAACGUGUAGUUUACGAACACAAUUUGGGAGGAGUGAUCAGUGUUGUGUAAUUUAAUUUUUUCUUUAAUCAGGUGCUGAUUCAUAAAUGGUUUUUGAUGCCUAUUUUAAGCAUCUUACUGUGAGGUUUCAGAAAGCAUAGGACAACUGGCGAUCUGGCCCACAAUCCCAGCCCGUUGUUCUAUACUUACUGCAACGAGUUUCAGAUCUUAUAAUGACUGCACAUUUACCAAAAUUGGCCUUGGUCACUAACAUUAUGGGUGUCUAUUAUUUCUUCAUCAUUCAUGCAAUGGACAUAAAUUAUUGUUUAGCGUAAAAGGCCUCUUAUCUGUCAAAAUCAAGGUAUUAUUUUAUUAUACGUUUGUUAUGGAAAUGACAAGAUUCUAUUCGAAUGUCGUCUUUAGGUCCUGAUACAGCCAGAUUUCACGAAUCUCGCUAGUUCAUGGUUAUAAAUGUAAGGUAAGUCAAUAAAAGCUUAGCUUAGACCAAGGCUUAUUUUUUACGUGUUGAAAAUUCAGCAAGCAAAUUGUAAUAUUACAGUACUUAAUUGGACACGUGUUUAGUUAAAUCUGGAAAGGCAAACUGGUGACUUUUAUUCAUUCAAAUUCUAAUAUGAGAUCUUGAUAGACACCAGUUUUGUACAAACAUCCUAAAGAAUUUGAUAGCGCUAAAAUUGAAUGAAGGAAACUACUCUUAACCAUGCCAAUAAUUUGUAAACGACGCAUAUUUUUCCGAUUUAGCUAGACCAUGCGUCGAAUAGUGCGCAAUACGGUGCACAUCUUAGAUUUUUGUGUGAUUAGUUAGGUUAUUAGUUAUCUACAACUCAAAAGUAUUUGAUUCAAAAGUGCCUAUAACGUCUCUAGUCAGGAUAUCGGUAUUCUACCAUGUACAGAUUAAAUAAUACAUUUUGACAAUUUGACAAACAAUGCAUAUAGAAAUGCCCAUUAGAAGACCUUAUUACUCUGUAAUAAGGCAACGAAGUGGUAAAUAUAUUCCUAAGAGGUCUUCCUAAAGGUGGUUCUAUCUGUGGAGUAAGUGUUUUGUGUGCUACCAGUGCUAUAUCAGUAUUCAAUAAAAUUCAAUUAAAGGCUAUAAUAUAUGGUUUAUGACCAAAUGAUGCUUCACGUUGAUUCGUGGUAGGUCACAUUUUUCCCUAUGAAAUUAUGCGUCCGUUUUUUACUACUACGGCUAGGUACACACGGCGUUAAUUUUGCUGUCACUACGGUUAUUAUUAUUUGUUUGUCUUUUCCACAUACUGGGACCAUGGGGUCCCGGACUUUUGGGAGGCGUGCGUGGGGCCUAAGCCAACAGCGCAGAGGCCCUUUAAGACAGUUUAAUCUAAAAGCAAGGGAUUAUUAUUAGUCCUCCCUCUCUUUCUUCCAUGCGUCUCGUUCUAUGGCAAUAUUAGGCCAAUCUUUCCGAAAGACGUCAAGAUCGUGCCGCCAUCUCCUUCUAGGUCUGCCGUGACGCCGCACUAUGUUUGGUGUCCAGUCGGUAUUCGAUAAAAUCCCGUAUAUAGUAUACGGGAAUAAUUAACGCCGUGUGGCAUUUGACGGUUUGUCACAUCGUAGAUAAUCAGAUGAGAAAGAGGUUUGGCAGUAUUGUCAACUGCAUUGUCUCAU